CAGGGUUUGAGAGGCAGAAUUGGAUUGAAAUUUAAUUGAAGUAAUAUAUGCAGUUCGCAUUCGAAAACGAACACCUGGUGUUUGAUUUUAAGCCUCCGAGUGAGUUUCAACAUGAGUGAGUAUGCAAGCAGAGAGAGCAAAAAUCUGAAAUCCAAGAUGUUAGGAGCAAAUUCAAUUCAAAUUGGGGAAGAUGAUGUUUCGCGGCUGGUUGGUGGCAUAGUAGAAAAGGGCUUCUCCGAAACUCGGCAGACUAGGCCGUUGGCUCCGCCCACAGGGCCGCGUCCCACCGUGCUGCCCUUUCCGUUGGCGCGCCACCGCUCACACGGCCCGCAUUGGGCUCCUAACGUUGGAAAUUCGAACCUUCAUAAUGGCAAAGACAGUGAAGAUGAGCUUGCUGGAGAAGAGGAAGAUUUCGAGGGGAGAGCAGUAGCUGCUGCUGCUAAUCCAUUACAAAGAAAAGAGAAGAGGGGUUUGGAUUUCAGUAGAUGGUGGGAGAUUGCGGAAAAAGCUGGCAGCUCGGGGUUCCAUGAGAAGGAAGAGGGAAGGUGCUCGAAUGGGGGUGAAGUUGAGCCGAAAGAGACAAACAUGGCUUCUAAUGGUGAUGCACAGUUUCAGUCUGUGACUGUGACUAAUAAUGUUUCGAAAAUCAGAGAGGCGAAAGGAGAAGCAAAAGACGCAUCACAUUUGGCAAAUGCCACGGAGUUUCACAGCUUUGAAUAUGGCAAAAAUGGAAAUAAUGUUCAAACUAUGCAAUAUCCACAGGAUGGCAUUGCUGAAUCUGAUGGAAAUACUGUUGUGGUGAAGGCGUCUACAUGGCAGAAUGGAUUGAGUAAAGAAGUGGACCUGAAAAGGGACAAUAUGCCGAAACCACAUAAAGCUUCUGAUUUCUCAGGGCAGGCGUCAGUAGGUGGAGAAGAAAGCAGUCUUCAAAGUCAGAUUGAUGCUGAGAAUCGUGCUCGAUUAGCAAAUAUGUCUGCUGAAGAACUUGCUGAAGCACAAGCUGAGAUAAUGGCUAAGCUGAACCCAAAAUUGAUUGAUGCAUUGAAGAAAAGGGGCCAAGGAAAAGACAAGAGGCAAAAGUCUUAUGAGACAGAUGUUACGGGCAGUGCAUCAGUUGAUAUGCAACAUGAGGAAGCUUUGCCUAAAAUUUCUGAGAACACUGUCUCUCAUGAACCAAUGGAAAUAGAAACUGAAAGUGCAUUAAAAAAUAAGGAAGACAAUGUUUCUACAAAUGCAAACCCAGAUAAAAGUAGCAUAUGGAAUGCUUGGAGCAAAAGAGUUGAGCGUGUUAGAGAUGUGAGAUUUUCCUUAGAUGGAAACAUUAUUGGCUUUGGUAUGGAGUCCAAUAUUGGCCAAUUCAAUUCAAACAAUGUUUCCCAACGUGAUUAUCUUCGAACUGAAGGUGAUCCUGGUGCUGGUGGUUACACAAUAAAAGAAGCAUUAGCAUUAGCUAGAAGUGUGGUUCCGGGCCAACGGACACUUGCGUUAAGUGUAAUUGCAGCUAUUCUUAAUCGGGCAAUUUCUAAAAUCAUUCAGAAUCAAGUUGAUUCUGUUUCUAAUAUUGCUGAUUCUGUGGAGCCUGCUGACUGGGUUGCUAUUUGGGCUUAUGCUCUGGGUCCGGAACCUGAGCUUGCUUUAUUACUGAGAAUAUCUUUUGAUGACAACCACAAUAGCGUUGUCCUCAAUUGUGCCAAGGCCAUUCUUAGUGCAUUGAGUUAUGAUACAAACAAGAUUUUAUUUGACAUGUUGGAGCGGACACCAACUUAUUCGAAAGAUGUUUGUACUGCUCCUGUAUUCAGAAGUAAACCAGAUGUUAAUGUUGGUUUUCUUCGUGGUGGCUUUUGGAAGUAUAAUACUAAGCCUUCCAAUAUUCUUCGUUUUGGUGAGGAGAUGGUGGAUGACGAAGCUGAAGGUGAGGGCGAGCACACUAUUCAGGAUGAUGUAGUUGUUGCAGGGCAGGAUUUUGCGGCUGGUCUUGUUAGAAUGGGGACUCUUGAAAGGAUCUGCUAUCUCUUACAGACAGAUCCUGCUGCACCACUAGAGGAAUGCUUAAUAUCAAUAUUGAUAGCUUUAGCAAAGCAUUCUCCAACUUGUGCUGCUGCAGUUUUGGACUGUGGAAGGCUUGCUCAGACAAUUGCUGGAAGAUUUACUUCAAAUGAACAAAUGGAAAUCAAUGCCAGUAAAAUCAAAUCCGUUACUCUAUUCAAAGUAUUGGCUCGGCAUGGCAGGAAGAAUUGCUCAACAUUUAUUAACAAUGGAAUUUUUCGUCAACUGACUUGGCACUUGUACCGUUAUCCAUUUUCUCUUGAUCAAUGGGUCAAGUCCGGGAGAGAGUCCUGCAUACUUUCAUCUGCUAUGCUGGUCGAACAAUUGCGUCUAUGGAAGGUUUCCGUUAAUUAUGGAUAUAGUAUUUCGGAUUUUUCUGACCUAUUUACAUCAUUGUGUGCAUGGUUGAGUGUACCUACCUUUGAGAAGUUAACCAGCUAUGAUGUGAUGAAUGAAUACUGUGCCAUCACAAGUGAAGCUUAUCUUCUUCUUGGAGUUAUGGCUGAUAGACUUCCGAACUUCUAUUCAAGCAUGCAAGAAACACCCACAGAUACUGUUCAAGAUACAGACCCUUGGUCAUGGAGACACUUUGGUCCUAUUAUAGAUUCGGCAAUUGAGUGGAUACAAGUUAAAAAUAUUGCAUACGUAUCGAGACUUUUCAACUCCCAAAGUAAUGAUGGUGAGAGGAUCUGUUUCCAGGAUUCAAAAGUAAAUUCCUUGCUAUGGAUAAUUUCUUCUGUUUUAAGUAUGCUUGCCAGCGUGCUGAAAGCUGUCAUCCCAGAGGACUUUACGAGCUUACCUGAUGGCCGAUUGCCAUGGUUGCCAGAGUUUGUUCCUAAGAUUGGACUUGCAUUUGUUAAAAAUGGGUAUAUCAGGUCUGGAGGAUCAAGUGAUCCUUCUGAAAAUGGCUCCUUUGUAAAGUAUUUAUGUGAUUUGAGACUUCAAGGAAGUCCUGAAUUUGCAAUAUCUUCUCAAUGUUGCCUCCAAGGGUUCUUCCAAGUAGCAGAUUCUGUUGAUAAGUUGGUUACACAUGCAAAUCUCGAUAUCCAUUCAGCACGAGUUGGAUAUGACAAUUUCUCAAGGGACGAUAAGAUUCUUGCUAAUGGUAUACUGAAGUCCUGUUCUACUGAAAUACAGUAUCUGCUGUCAACUUCAAUGGAAGCAAUUACUAGUGACUGGAAAUUCCUGCGGCCUAUUGAGAUGUUCAGUAGAGGCGGCCCUGCUCCAGGAGUUGGUGUCGGCUGGGGUGCCUCUGCUGGAGGGUAUUGGUCCAUAAAUUCUUUGUUGGCUCAGCAAGACGCAAGAUUGCUCGUUUACUUGCUUGAAGCUUUUGGGAUUCCAUCUACUGUGGAUCCAUCAGAAGCCGAAGAGAUAGGCUGCACAAUGCAAAAGAUAGAAUGCGUCCUUACUGCUUGUUUAAUUGUGGGCCCAUGGAGUAGCUCAGUCCUUGAUAAGUUACUAAAAGUCAUCUUCCAGGUUCCUGUACUCAAGCAUCUGAGUUAUGGCAUUCAUAAGUUCCUCUCUCUUAGAAAAGGAUACAGUUCUUUCAAGUGGAACUAUGAUGAUGAAGAAUAUGCACUGAUAUCUAAUGUUUUGGCCUCUCACUUUAGAACCAGGUGGCUUGGUGCAAAGAAGAAACGAAAAACCAUGCCUGAGACCAACCAUCCAAGCCAAAAAUCUACAAAGAAAAAAGUUCGUUUUAUGGAAACUAUUCAUGAGGAUAUGAACGCGACAAGUGAAGCUGGUGAAGUGAUGUCUUCUUCAUCUUCAUUAAUAUUGGAGUGGGCUCGCCAGAGAUUGCCUCUUCCUGAACAUUGGUUUCUCAGUGCAAUCUCCACCACUCAGUUAAACAAUAACACAUGUCCGCCCAGUCCUUCUCAUGGUGAAACCUAUUCAGAGGUGGCCUCAGACAUUCUAGAAGUUGCUAAGAGCGGACUCUUUUUUCUCCUGGCUAUCGAAGCCAUCCCUACUUCUCUUAGCUCUGAGCUCCGCUCGCCUGCUAAAUGUGUUCCAGUUGUUUGGAAACUGCACGCGAUGUCUGCAACAUUACUUUGUGGGAUGGGUGUUCUGGAAGAUGAGAAAAGCAGGACUCUCUACGAAACCUUGCAGAAUGUGUAUGGCGAAGUUCUUGAUGAGAAAAGGUGUACAGACGUGCUCGGUCACACGGGUGUUGAGCGCCUGAAGUUUGCAUCAUACAUCCACGAUAGCUACCCUACAUUCAUCGAAACUCUAGUGGAGCAGUUCUCAGCUGAAUCGUAUGGUGAUGUCAUAUUUGGGAGGCAGGUUGCAAUGUAUUUACAUAAAUCCGUUGAAGAUUCUGUAAGGCUUGCUGCGUGGAAUACCUUAUCUAAUUCACGUGUUCUUGAGCUCCUGCCGCCUCUACAUAAGUGCCUCGCGAAGGCUGAUGGCUACCUUGAACCCAUCGAGGAUAACGAGAGCAUCCUGGAAGCCUAUGUGAAAUCGUGGACCUCUGGCGCCCUUGACAAAGGGGCAAACAGGGGCUCAGUAGCAUUCUCCCUGGUUCUGCAUCAUCUUUCAUCCUUCAUAUUCGGCAGUGUUGGUGAUACUACUCUCUCACUGCGCAAUAAACUCGCGAAAUCUCUGAUGCGCGACUAUUCUCGCAGGCUGCAACACGAGGGGAUGAUGGUGAAACUGAUAUGCAACAAGAAACCUGAGCCCGAGCCGCAGGCAGCGGUGACGGCAGCUUCGUCUCUACCUAUGUCGGAGAUAGAAAAGAGGUUGCAACUUCUGAGAAAAAUUUGUGAUGGAUGUGCGCCUCAAGUGGCAAAGCUUGAAGCCUGUAUCAGAAAAGAGAGUUCAGAAUAAGGUGGCUGUUAGUAUGGAGUUAAUCAUGAUUUUGGAUGUUUGAUGCUCUUGUAAACAAUCUCAACUCGGCCUGGCCCGGCCCGGGUCUGUGUUUGGGCCUGGCCGUCUGUCAAAUAAUAGGUGUAAUAAAGUUUUAGAGCAAUUUGUGCCGGGCCGAAUUUGGCUGAAAAAAACUGGAUCCAAUCAAUUCUCAACUGGGUAAGAUGCACAAUCUAUUCCCCCCUUCAUUAUUUGAUUUUAAAGUCAUUAUUUGAUCUUUUAUAGAAUGUAAAUAUCUUCGGAUAUCACUAAAUUCAAGAAGACAGUCUCAAAAUUAUUUA